CAUAUACUAGAGAUGCAAGCAUUGACGCUAGAGAUGAGUUUCCAAAAAUGUGAUCGGAGUUACAACGAGUAGCAGUGAUACUCAAACAGAACUCAAAAUGAUGACAGAUAUAAAAGAGGCUGAAGUAAAGGAGCUUCAAUCGCAAAUAGAAAAACAUGAUAGCGAAGAAGAUGAAGUGGAUGUUACAGAGGCUGCAAAGAAAUUAAGUGAAGGACUUUUAAGCAUGUGUCAAGAUCGAUUUGAACAUGUUAAAAAAAAACUAGAUGAAGUAAGGGUCAAGCAAGAGACUUUGUAUGAUAAGAUGCAGAUUGAGAACAAAAAACUUCAAGAAACUUUUGAUGAUGUCCAACUGGAUGAAAUGUUUCAGACUGUGAAAACUAGUCAAGGAAAAUUAGUUACAAUGAAAAAAGAGAUGGUUUCCAUUCAUGAAAGAACAUUAAAGUUACAAAAACGAGUAUUGAGACUGCAACAAAUAAAACAAAAAGAGGUCUUAAAUAGGGAACAACAACGAGAGCAAGAACUUCGUCGUGAACAAGAAUUAAUCGGUAAACCAGUGAUAAGUUAA